UUGCUGCAAAAGGACAAACUAUUCUGCUUCUGCUAGGAAACCGUCACUUUCUUCAUGAGUAUUACUGAAUAACGCAUACUGCUGCUAUUACAGACAUUGUCAAGAUCUUCAGACCCGGGGGUACCUCGUCGCUAUACGGAGAGAAACGUCCCGCUGGCGUUGACGACCUAUCGUUCAUGUUGGGCGGACUUCCUCUGAGCUCGGAUAUUGCUACGACGAGCUGGCGGGUCUUCAUCCGAUCCUGCCUAACAUCCUGCUCAGGGGCUUCACACACUCAGUCCUUGUAGCUCUGUCAGUCUGCACAACCACUGCGUCAGUCCACCCCGACACCUUUCAUCAGAGGGCACAAGCAGCCAAAGCCAAUGGUAAGCACAGCACAGGGAUCUUAGAGCCACAUAUUCCAGAGAGUCGGUGCUCUGCCUUCCAGUAUCGAGACAACAAGUAUUCUGCGGGAGGUGAAGGUCCUCGACACGGAGCCUCAAAGCUAGCGAUGCCCGGAUCCACGCCGGCCAGCAGCAAGGCUCGGGUAUACACCGAUGUCAACACACAGAAGAACAGAGAGUACUGGGACUAUGAUGCACAUGUGCCAAACUGGAGCAAUCAAGACAACUAUCAGUUGGUACGUAAACUGGGUCGAGGGAAGUACAGUGAAGUAUUUGAGGCCAUAAACGUGACCAACAAUGAGAAGGUGGUGGUGAAAAUCCUCAAGCCUGUCAAGAAGAAGAAAAUCAAACGGGAAAUCAAAAUUCUUGAAAACCUGCGCGGAGGAACCAACAUUAUCCGCCUGGUCGACACAGUCAAAGACCCGGUGUCCAGAACACCAGCGCUUGUCUUUGAGUGCAUCAAUAACACAGAUUUUAAGGAGCUGUACCAGAAGCUGACAGACUAUGAUAUCCGUUACUAUAUGUAUGAGCUGCUCAAGGCUCUGGACUACUGUCACAGUAUGGGCAUAAUGCACAGAGAUGUGAAGCCUCACAAUGUAAUGAUCGACCACCAGCUGAGAAAGCUGCGUCUCAUAGAUUGGGGGUUGGCAGAAUUUUACCAUCCCGCUCAGGAAUACAACGUCAGGGUAGCUUCCCGCUAUUUUAAAGGCCCUGAGCUGCUAGUGGACUAUCAGAUGUAUGACUAUAGUUUGGACAUGUGGAGUCUAGGCUGCAUGUUGGCCAGCAUGAUCUUUCUGAAGGAACCAUUUUUUCAUGGCCAGGACAACUACGAUCAGCUGGUUCGCAUUGCCAAAGUUCUUGGCACCGAUGAGCUCUUCGGCUACCUGCACAAAUACCACAUAGAACUGGACACUCGCUUCAAAGACCUGCUGGGACAGCAAACAAGGAAGCGUUGGGAGCAGUUCAUUCAGUCAGAGAACCAGCACCUGGUGAGUCCCCAGGCUCUGGACCUGCUGGACAAGCUGCUGCGCUACGACCACCAGCAGAGGCUGACGGCAGCCGAGGCCAUGCAGCACCCAUACUUCUAUCCUGUAUUAAAGGAACAGGCAAACACCAAUACAGACGGCACAAAGGCAAUAAGCAGCUCCAAUGCAACAUGAUAACCAGUGGGAGGUAACACACCAGCAAAGAGAAGAUUCACUGUUACCUCAACUUGACUUAUUUAUGGCAGAAACCUCUGCCUCCACAUCAACAGCCAUACUGGAGCAAGAUGUCAAUUUUACAGCAUACACAAACACACAUGGAUUAAACUCCCAACAAAGCCCAGGAAUCAGCGCUGCUUGGCCCAAGUCACAAACAAAUCAGAUCUGAAGUAAGAUCUUUCUUCUCCUUCCUCCUCCUGUCUCUCAAUAUCACCCUCAACCUGUUUUCAAAAUGAGCAAACUGACUGUUGUUGGAUCAGUGUCGAGCUGGUUUUGUUGCUGUAAAGACAUUUGUCCGUCAUCACGAUGCUGUGGUGACCUGAAAUUUGGUUCUGGGUUUUAACACUGAGUGGCAUGGAGGCUCUUUUCUGCUAUGGAUAGAACAAAAGCUAUAUUGAAAGAGAAAUAAACCAUUUUAUUUAAA